UUGUGGAUUGAGGCAGUGAUUGGAGGAUAUGUUGGGAAUGAGAACUGGAGGAGGCUGGGAAACAAACAGGGAGUGUUGUGUGGAUUAGAGGCCGCAGUGUUCAUAGUAUACGAAUCGAUACCACAAAAAUGAUCGAAUAAACGGCGCGUUUGGCGGAUUGCAAUGCACAACUAUCGUGCAGGGAAACGGGAGACGAUAUUUCCCGCAGAUCUUUACUAAAGACAAACCACAUCAAUCAAAUCCAGCAUGCGGCAUUUUAUGCGCGGAUCUUGCAUCUGAAAUGAACACAAACGCGUCCUGAGACACUGACAUAUCUGUGCUAUCUCUCAUGGUGAAUCUGACAGGAUUUGUGAAGACGAUUGACAUUAAAGGCGUUAAGUUCUUCAUUCAUGCUUAUGUCGCACGGAUACUGAAGAUCAUCUGUUUGUCUGUCAUUUUGGGUUUAUUUUAGUGACAACAACGGACUCGUCCAGUCACAAGUGAUUCAACAUCACAGAGCAGAGCCAUGCACCCCUGUCCGAAGAGCUGAUGCCCACAUAGAGGUCUCUGAUCAGACACCCUCUGGCUGCAGAGGAUGCUGGGAAUGUGUCGCGGGCGCAGGAAGUUUGUGGCUGCCUCUCUCGCCCUGAUCUUUAUCCCAGCCCUCACCUGGCUCUAUCUGUCAUCCGCAAAUUUCACAGUCAAACCCCUGCCUCUGUCGCCGCUGGAUCCUCAGUCAUCUGUGCUUAUCGGAGCGGCCGCUGAGCAUCAGGAUUUGGCGCUACGGCUACGAGAUGUGGAGGAACAUAACCAUGCACUGCGGAAAGAGAUUAGCCUGCCGCCCAGGGUUCCAACCCAUAGCAGCCAUCAUAGCAACAGUCGCCAAGGCAACCAGUUACACACCCAUUCAACAGAAGAGGGUACAGGUGAUAGCGAGGCUAAAAAAGGAGCAGCCUCGGGCAACAGCUCGGACUGUGUAUCUCAGCCUGUGGUGAACAAAUGUGAGACCAUUCAUAUUGCCAUUGUGUGUGCUGGGUACAAUGCGAGCAGAGAUGUUGUCACACUGGUCAAGUCAGUUCUGUUUCACAGACGUAACCCACUACACUUCCAUUUCAUCACGGACUCCAUCGCUCGAAAGAUCCUGGCCGAUCUCUUCCACACAUGGAUGGUGCCGGCCGUUCACGUUAACUUUUAUGAUGCUGAUGAGCUGAAGUCUGAGGUGUCUUGGAUCCCUAACAAGCAUUAUUCUGGCAUCUAUGGCCUGAUGAAGCUGGUGCUGACCAAGACGCUGCCCUCUGAUCUACAGAAGGUCAUCGUCCUGGAUACUGACAUCACCUUUGCCACGGACAUCGCUGAGCUGUGGGUCGUCUUCCACAAGUUCAAGGGUCAGCAGGUUCUUGGUUUGGUGGAGAAUCAGAGUGAUUGGUACCUGGGGAACCUGUGGAAGAACCAUCGGCCAUGGCCAGCGCUGGGCAGAGGCUUUAACACCGGUGUGAUUCUGCUGUUGUUGGAUCGUUUGAGGAAGCUAAAGUGGGAGCAGAUGUGGCGGUUGACGGCAGAGAGAGAGCUCAUGAGCAUGCUGUCUACAUCACUCGCUGAUCAGGACAUCUUCAACGCUGUGAUCAAGCAGAACCCGUUCCUAGUGCACCAGCUGCCCUGCUUUUGGAAUGUUCAGCUGUCGGAUCACACCCGCUCCGAAAAGUGCUACAAAGAUGUGUCCGACCUCAAGGUGAUUCACUGGAACUCUCCGAAGAAACUGCGUGUAAAGAACAAACACGUGGAGUUCUUCAGGAAUCUCUAUCUGACAUUCCUGGAGUAUGAUGGGAAUCUGCUGAGGAGAGAGCUCUUUGGCUGUCCCAGCGAAACAGACCACAACUCAGAGAAUCUCCAAAAGACCCUGUCUGAGCUGGAUGAAGAUGACCCAUGUUAUGAGUUUCGUCGGGAGCGCUUUACAGUCCACCGCACACAUGUCUAUUUCCUGCACUAUGAGUACGAACCAGCCUUAGAUAACACUGAUGUGACACUGGUGGCCCAGCUGUCUAUGGACAGACUUCAGAUGCUAGAGGCCAUCUGUAAACACUGGGAAGGGCCCAUCAGUCUGGCCCUCUACCUCUCAGACGCUGAAGCCCAGCAGUUCCUGCGAUACGCUCAGGGCUCUGAGGUCCUGAUGAGCAGGAGCAACGUGGGAUACCACAUAGUCUAUAAAGAAGGCCAGUUCUACCCUGUUAACCUGCUGCGUAAUGUUGCUAUGGGGCAGGUCAACACACCCUACAUGUUUCUGUCAGAUAUUGACUUUUUGCCCAUGUAUGGACUCUAUGAGUACCUCAGGAAAUCGGUUGUUCAGCUUGAUAUGGGGAACACUAAAAAGGCUCUUGUGGUUCCGGCAUUUGAAACUCUGCGUUAUCGGCUGUCCUUUCCCAAAUCAAAAGCAGAGCUCCUGUCACAGCUCGACAUGGGCACUCUGUUCACAUUCAGAUAUCAUGUCUGGACAAAAGGUCACGCUCCAACAGACUUUGCCAAAUGGAGAACUGCUACAACACCAUACCGAGUUCAGUGGGAGGCUGACUUUGAGCCGUAUGUUAUGGUCAGAAGAGAAAGCCCAGAGUACGACCGCCGCUUUGUGGGGUUUGGGUGGAAUAAAGUAGCUCACAUCAUGGAGCUGGAUGCUCAGGAGUAUGAGUUUGUGGUUCUGCCCAACGCCUACAUGAUCCACAUGCCCCAUGCGCCCAGUUUUGACAUCACCAAGUUCCGCUCGAACAAACAGUACCGUGCUUGUCUGAAGACACUGAAGGAGGAGUUUCAGCAGAAUAUGUCUCGGCGAUACGGUUUCGCCGCGCUCAAAUACAUGACAGUGGAUAACAACAGCUAGCUGAGCACAUUGUUCAGCAAACCGCUAAAAUAACUGCCAUGAGCUGAUGAAGUGCUGUUUGACAGCGCCUGUAUGGAUGUGUUCAGUGAAACUGAGAUUGCAGGGUCAUUAGGAGGCACGGCUCAUGAUCAUCCAUUCAUUCAGGGAUCCGAUAAGACGUUUAUCAGUGGUGUUUGUCAAAGGUGCCGAGAAAUAAAAUGCUGAUUGGAAGUCAUUGAUGAACUUUUUUGAGAAGGCAAGCAGAUCCCAAAAAUAAGGUCUGUUGUUACUUAUAAAUGAUGGACAACAACACUGAUGCACUUCAGAUUAAAGCCUUGAAUCUGUCUGUCUUUCUGUCAACCUGUCUAUCUUUCUGCCCUUCUAAGCAUUUGCCCGCCUGUCUGUCAGUCUUUUUGUUUCUUUCUGCCUCUGUUUCUAAGCAUCUGUCUAUAUUUCUGCUUGUUUAUACUUUAUAUAUCUCUGUUUAUCUGUUUGUCUACCUAGAUUACCCAUUUAUCAAUCCUUUCUGUUUAGUUUUCUCCCUCUAUCUCUGUUUCUGUUUCACUUUCUAUUCAUCCCCUAGAAUCAGUUUAUCUGUCUCUAACUCUGUCUAACAGUGUGUUUCGAUGUCUAUCUACAAGUAUCUUUAUAUCUUCAUCUAUAUCUGUCUAUCUCUGUCUGUCUAACAAACUCUCUAUCUAACAAUCUGUCUAAAUCUGCCUCUCUAGCUGUCUCUGUCUCAUUCUGUUUGAUGUCUGUAUCAGUCUAUCUAACAAACUUUCUGUAUCUCUAUCUGUAACCUUCUGUCUAACAGACUGUCUAACCAUCUAUCUAAAUCUCUCUUCCUGUUUUUCUGCCUAUAUCUGUUUAAAGGGGUCAUAGGAUGCUCAUUUUCCACAAGUUGAUAUGAUUCUUUAGGGUCUUAAUGAAAAGUCUGUAACAUAGUUUGGUUAAAAUUUCUCAAUGGUAGUGUAAAAAACACUUUUUUUACCCGGUCAAAAACAGCUCUAUUCAGAGCAUGCAGUUUUGUAGCAUUUUCCUUUAAAUGUUAAUGAGCUCUGCUGACCCCACCCCUCUCUUCCCAGCUACUUUCAGAGAGACUGUUUACUUUAGCCAUAUUCAUCAUGAAACUGGCUAAUUAGCACAUUAUUAGGAAAGGCAAUUUGCAGUUUUAUUAAAAAAGCCUUAAACUCACUUCUUCUGUAGGUGAAGCUGGAUGAAGAUUGAUUCGCACAAACAAAGACAGAUUUAUGUAGAUCGGGGGCACAUUCAAUUCAAAAACAAACAUAAAUCACUGCAUCUUCAGCGGCUCAGAUGUUGGGAGUAAAUGACGACUGCUAUGUUCAUUAUUACAUCGAACAACAGAACACCUCAAUCGCUUAGGAGUCAUUC